AUGUGGGGGAUCAGUUGUCUCUUACUUUUAACCCUCGGGUUAGUACAGGGCACGACAGGAUUAGACCCUCUAGUGGAUACUCCGCAAGGUCUGAUCAGAGGACUGAGGGCUGAUGAAGGAGACUAUUCCAUGUUCCUUGGAAUACCCUACGCCAAAGUUGAUGAAAAUAAUCCUUUUGGAGCAUCAUCUCCUCAUCCUAAAUUUGACAACGUUUUUGAAGCCUACGACGAUUCAGCCGUAUGUCCACAAAAGGAAGAAUUGAGUACAACUAUUAUAGGAACAUUGGAUUGCUUAAAUUUGAACGUGUUUGUUCCAAAUAAGGCGAGCUCAAAGAACAAACUGCCCGUUGUGGUCUGGAUUCAUGGAGGUAGAUUUCGGUAUGGGUCUGGAAAUAGAGAUUUAUAUAGUCCCAAUUUUUUAAUUAGACAUGACGUCAUACUUGUCACCUUAAACUACAGAUUGGGACCUUAUGGUUUUAUGUGUCUCAACACCCCAGAUGUGCCUGGAAACCAGGGUUUGAAAGAUCAGUACCUGGGCAUGCGCUGGGUCAAGGAUAAUAUUGCAGCGUUUGGAGGAGAUGCUAACAAGAUAACUAUUAUGGGUGAAAGCGCAGGCGCCAUGUCCAUAGACUUCCAUUUAAUUUCGAAACGGGAAAAAUUAUUCAAUCAGGCUAUAAUAGAAAGCGGUAGCGUUUUCCACCCUACGGUUAUUGAAGAUGCGGAUACUUCUAAGCCUUUGAAAAUCGCUGAACAUCUAGGCUUCCACACAGAUGAUUUAUCUCAGGCAUUAGCUUUCUUAAAAGAAACUGACGUGAAGUUAGUUAUCGCAGCCACAGAGGAGUUGGGUUUAACUUUUUACAUUUGCGUUGAGGAAGAGUUCGAAGACGUUGAAAGCAUGCUGUUAGACCAUCCAAUUAACAUGGAUUAUCCUAAUGCUAAACGCAUACCUAUCUUAUCUGGUUUCAACAGUCACGAACAAUCAUAUAUAUUUGGAAAUAAAAAUGCCGAUUACUUCAAGAAUCUGAAUAUAUUUAGAGAAUUGGAUGCAGUAUUUAACUACGACGAAGACUUCCAAGAAAUGGAAGAUUUGAUGCGUCAUUUCUACAUUGGAGAUGAAGAUAUAACCGACGCUGUACGUCAUAGCAUAAUAGAUUUCAUCUCAGAUUACGAUUUCAACUUUCCCGGACAGAAGAGUAUACAAAAGUACCUUGAAAGUGGAGCUCAAGAUGUGUAUCAGUACUUAUUUGCAUACAGCGGGGAGAGGAAUUAUCUUAAGAACAGGGAAAAUGUGACAAUACAAGGUGCGGCUCAUGCUGAUGAACUUGGUUAUUUGUUUGAUUUACCUAUUUACAAAGAGCAGCCAUCUGAAGCUGAUCAACGAAUCAUUGAUCAAAUAACCACGCUUUGGACAAACUUCGCUAAGUACGGAGCUUUGAUAAAGGAAACACUAUUUUUCAGAGAGCCUACACCUGAAGUAUCAGACUUGCUGCCCGUACAGUGGGUCCCUACCACCAAGGACAUAAACAAUUACCUCUUAAUAGAUACUGAGCUGAAAAUGGAAAAACGACCGUACAGUCAAAGACUGGCAUUUUGGGAGUUAUUCUAUAAAGUCAACGAGAACAAGAUAAAAGGAAAACGUAACGAC